CUCAGUAGUAAAGCAACGUCAGUAAUACACGCGGGAGUAUAUAAAGUGAAGUGCUAACCCUGAUGAAACAUUCGCAGUUUACUCGUGAAACAAUCAAUUACUCACAAUGGCAGCUAAGUUCGUAGUUGUUGCUUUCCUGGUGGCGGCUGCUCAGGGCAGCGCGAUCCACGGCGGAGACUACACCAGCUUCUCGUACGGCGUGUCCGACCCCCACACCGGCGACGUCAAGAGCCAGCACGAGACCCGCGUCGGCGACAGCGUGCGCGGCCAGUACUCGCUCCUCGACUCUGACGGCACAAAGCGCACCGUCGACUACGCCGCUGAUGCCCACUCCGGCUUCAACGCCGUCGUCCGCAAGGACCCCGCACUCUACGCUCACGCCGCUCCCGUGGUCGCUCACGCCGCUCCCGUGGUGGCCGCUCCCGUCGCCUACUCCGCUCCCCUCGCUCACGGCUACGCCGCCGCUCCCGUCGCCCACGGCUACUCCCACGGUGUAGCCACCUACGGCGCUGUCGCCGCCCCCCUGGCCUACCGUGCUGCUGCCUACGGUGCCCACGCCGCUCCCCUGGCUUACGGUGCUGCCGCCUACGGUGUCCACGCUGCUCCUCUUGCGCACGGUGCCAUCUCCUACGCCGCCGCUCCCCUCGCUCACGGUGCCAUCGCCUACGGCACCCACGGUGCUCACGGACUCUACGGCUCCCACCUGUACUGAGUAACAUAAGAUAUUUAUAUCAUUACACCAAUGAACAAAGCUGUGAUCAAAUAAAAUAGUUUCACGAAACAUAA